AUGGCAGAAGCCGCUCCAGUUCUUCCAUGCUACAUCGACAAGGUUGUUGAGUUUCCGGAUGGAACUGCUUUUGAGCUGCUGAAACCCUUGGCAACUUAUCGCUCUUGUCACGAUGGCACCCCCGCUGAGGCGCGUGUAGUCCUCACAUGUCGCCCCUGCAGCGGAGACUGUUCGCCAGUGGACGAAUAUGUCAUGAAGAUCAAGAUCCAUACGACGACAGCACAUGAACUCCAAGCGCUGGAAAAGUUCCGAGAUACCGAUAGCGCAUGUACGCCGGUGUUAGUCAACUUCAAGAAGGCAGUCCAGCCUGUCGAGGGGCCAUUGCCGGGGGGAUAUCUCACGUUCCUUGUCAUGACAAAGAUGCCCGGCGAUUCACUCUUCAAUAUGUACUACUGGGGAAUGGCGACCGAGGAACGACAUGACAUUACUCAGAAGUUCCUCGUCGCUCUCAGGUGGAUCUACGCUCAAGGCAUCGAACCCGUAGACUGCGGACUGCGGAACAUUCUAUGGGACCCAGAGACGAAGAAAUGCAGCAUCAUCGACUUCGAGCUCUGGCGUGGAACGGAGACAUUGGUGGGUGACGAAGCAAAAGAACUACAGAGAUGGGGCCUUGCUCGCCAGCCCGCUGCUAAGAACCACUGGGAGGCUUGGAAUCAGAUGUUUCGAUAG